AUGGAAGUAAGACUUAAAAAAUCAGGAAGAAAACGUGGUGGAGCAGGUCUGGCUCUAGUCGGAUGGCAAAUUUAUAUAUUUGGGGGAACUAAAAAUGCACAUAAAACUUAUAAAGAAUGUGACAAAUAUGAUAUACGGACUAAUGCAUGAAUAAGCAUAGAAUCGCUACCUUUAUGCUCUGAGUCUGUUGCCGCAGAGGUUUAUGGUAACGAUAUUCUUGUUGUAGGAUCUCAUCUGCCUGGCUUAUAUUACUAUUCAGUUGGGAAAAAUACUUUUUCAAAUAUAUUUGAUCUUCCGAGUUUACUAAGAAAAAACAUAAUCGUGCAUGAAGGAAAAGCCUGAAUAUAUUGUGACUUUGGAGUUUAUGAAAGCAGAAAAUAUGAUUUAAAAAAUUGGAAUAAAAUUGGGGAUGUUGAUGGUGUCAACAUGCACCUUACUCAGCAUGUUAGAAUUGAGAAUAAGCUUUAUUACGCAGACAAAGCCAUGGGAAAAUAUGUUUUUGAUUUGCGCAGAAGAAUUCUUGAAAAGCUUUAAAAUUAGUUUUAAAUUAAAAUUUAUUGACUUUGUAAAAAGUCCCCAUUUUUAAAUUUAAAAUGAGAUUUCGCAUCUUCAGAGAUUGUUUAGAGUUUUGUUGCUGCUGCUGCCAUAAAAAAAGUAUUGAUGAAGGAGAAGUUGUGGGGUAAUCAUAAAAAAACACAAUAAAUAAAUUUCAUUAAGUUUAAAAAAAAAUAUUUCAAGCUGAUUGCAAUUUCCAUAUUAAAAAUAUAGUUUUUCCUAAUGGGCCAUUCUAAUUAAAACAGAAUAUUGAAGAAAGAAAAAGUCAAGACAUCUCAGUCACGAUUCUAGAUAUAGAUGAUAGCUAG